UGCCGAAUUGCCGAUCGCUGGGAGCACGGAAUCUCUGUGAACAGCUGCGUUCGAAGAUGUUUCGUACUCCCAAGCAAAGAUGGUGGAUGUCAAACCUGACGUUUAUUGUUCUGAUAUAAAAUUGAGCAAUUGUGAACGUUGAAACUUGUGUCAAAGAGCCGUCUUCGAAAAAGGCAUCAUGUGAGCAGCACACGAAAACAUUCUGCCUAAACACAUCUAGGCAUGUGUUGGAAAAGCCGAUGUUUCCUUUAUUGAUUGUGCGACUUAGUACUCCGUAUCAGACGUAUUUGUUAAUGAUAUGAUAAAUUAAAAGUAGUUUUGAAGGGAAACGUACCACGCGCAAAAUGGAAAUUGUCGGUGAAUUUGAAUACAGUAACAAAGACCUGAUAGGUCAUGGAGCUUUUGCUGUUGUCUUUAGGGGAAGACACAGAAAGAAUCCAAGUUUUGUUGUUGCCAUUAAAAGCAUAACAAAAAAGAACCUGGCCAAGUCACAAAACCUUCUUGGAAAAGAAAUAAAAAUUUUGAAGGAGUUAACUGAACUCCAUCAUGACAAUGUGGUUGCAUUACUUGAUUGCAAGGAAACUGCACACAAUGUUUACCUGGUGAUGGAAUAUUGCAACGGUGGAGAUCUUGCAGAUUAUUUGGGGGUGAAAGGAACUCUUAGUGAAGAUACAAUUCGACUCUUUCUAUGCCAAUUGGCGGGAGCCAUGAAAGCCUUACAUGCAAAGGGAAUUGUACAUAGAGAUCUAAAACCUCAAAAUAUUUUACUUAGUCAUUCUGGUGGAAAAUCUUGUCCACAACCUCAUGAGAUUAGACUGAAAAUAGCUGAUUUUGGUUUUGCGAGAUUUUUACAAGAUGGUGUAAUGGCAGCAACACUUUGUGGUUCUCCCAUGUACAUGGCUCCAGAAGUUAUUAUGUCCCUCCAGUAUGAUGCCAAAGCUGAUUUGUGGAGUCUUGGCACUAUUGUAUUUCAAUGUUUAACUGGGAAAGCACCAUUUCAAGCUCAGACACCUCAAGCACUUAAACAGUUUUAUGAGAAAAAUGCAAAUUUAGCUCCAAAGAUUCCUUCUGGGACAUCUCCUGAAUUAGCAGAUCUUCUUUUAGGGUUAUUAAGGCGUAAUGCUCGAGAUCGAAUGCCAUUUGAUUGUUUCUUCAAUCAUCCCUUUCUUCAACGGCGUGCAGAGGCCACUCCUGCUUCUGUUCCGCCCUCAGUUCCAAAUGUUCCAGGAGAACUUCCUCCAUCACCUGGAACAUUAUUUUCCACUGCUCAAGCAAACUCGCCUGAAGGAGGUUCACCCUUGUCUUGUAGAGAGCAAGCUGGUUGUUCUAGUCCAGAAGAAACAGAUGAUUUUGUGUUAGUUCCUUCAAAUAUUCCUUCUGAUCAAUCCAGUGACAGUAACCCCACUGAUCGAACAGGGAAAGUAUUUCGACCGUGUAUGGCUAUUGCAAGUCCACCUAGACCUAGCUUUCUGCCCAUAUCGGAACCUAUUCCAGUUCCAACGCAGAGAAAUGUUUAUCAGCAGUUGCACUCUAACGAUGGAUUACCUUCUCCGACCAAGAGCACUGUACCAAGAUCUCAGCCAAUCAGCAUGAAGCGAGGAGGAGACUACUCCAGGACAGCACCACCAGAUCUGAGUUCCCUUUCACCACCUUCUGUUCAGUUCAUGAUUGGUACCCCUCCCAGUGGAGGAAGGCGGCGCUCUGCAUCUGGCAGCUCAUGCGAGACACCGCCCCCAGUCACCACUUGGCAGGUGUCUCCAGUGUCUGCGGGUAAGAUAACACCUACAAGUUCUCCCCUCAGACGCUCAGGAACUAGCUCGCCUCUCUUAAGUGGUCCUUUGGCUUGCCUACCACCCAUUAUAGGAUCACCUACACGUUUGAGUGACAAUAAUAAUCUACGGCAGUCUCCAGUGAUGCCAUUUGCAACAAGGGCUAUGACAUUGCCCGAGAUAUCAGAAGCAGGAGGUCUUCAAAGAAUGUUUCACGAUGCUCCAGCUCCAUCUCUGGAAGGGCCCAUCACUUUUGUGGCCCCUGAACUUCCAGAAGAAACAUUGUUAGAGCGUGAACAUAAUGAAACAUUAGCCAAAUUAAAUUUUGUAUUGGCUUUGUCGGAUUGUGUGGUUGAACUGGCAGCAUCACGAGCAGCUCCAUUAGCAUCUCUAACAGAGAGUAUUAGUGGCAAUGUGCGUCAACAGAGUGAAGGUAGCCGCCGGGCAGAACAGUUGGUGUUAUUGGUUCGUGCUUUGCAGCUUCUGAGCUCAGGGCUGAAUCUAGCAACACAGCAACUUCGAGCUGGCCAGCUACAACCCUCAGCAUCAGUAAAAAAUGUGGUGAGUCUUCUAAAUACAAAAUUCCGACAAUGCUUGAGUGAUUGUAAACAAUUAAACACUCCAGGACUAUUACAAAAAGCAGGUGUAGAUCCUGGCAGUACAAACAUCACUGCUGAUAAAAUUUUAUAUAAUCAUGCUAUACAGAUGUGUCAGUCUGCUGCUUUGGAUGAGUUAUUUGGAAAUCCAGAAGAAUGCUCUCAUCGUUAUCAGACUGCUCAAAUUCUUUUACACAGUCUGUCACAACAAGUUAGUCAUCAACAAGAUCGUGCAUUGUUGACAAAGUACAAAGAUGCUGUGGAGAAAAGAUUAUUUGUCCUUCAGAGACAAGGCUACGUUUAUCCAAUCUGACAAACCUGUUAUUUUCAACAGUCUUCUGGUUUUGGAACUGUAGGAAUUCCAUUUUGUUGGAAGAAUUUUGAAGGUUUAACCACAAACAUUACUUUACUUGUUUAAGCAAGUGUAUUCACCACUACGGGUUAUUACUGAUUAUUUUUCAUUAUCUGUUACUUUUAAAGCUGUCCAAAAAAGUCCCAUCUCUUCCAUUUGUGGCAAAUGAAAGAGACAAAAAGGUAUUCUUAUCCUAAGGUGACUGCUUGUAACACUUUUCAGAAAAGUAUGAAGUUUGAACUUUCAGUAUCUUUGAAAGUAAUAAAGCAUUAAUCAAGUAGCAUCUAAAGGCUAUUUUUAUUUAUAUUGGGUUUGAAGAAUGCUGUUUAAAUAGUGUUUUAAUUAGAAACUAACGAUUCAAAUUUUAAAUUGUAUUUUGUAUAGGACGUAUAGUCUUAUUGUUUCUCUGAAUUACCAGAUAUUAAUCUGCAUUGUUGUGAAUUGUAUAGAACAUGUUUAUUUGUUCAUUAAUUUAUUUGUGAGAUGAAGAAAUAUUAUUUUAUAUUUUCUCCCUCCUAUGUACACAAACUUGAUAAUUAUUGGUUUAGGUAUAAGAUAUAUAUCUCCACCUAAAUGAACUGUGCUUAGUAGGACUUUCAGAACGUGCUUUACAAAUGUCUCACUGACAUAUUGAGUACAGGAACUUGUGAGUUUGAGGCAAAAUUUUGCAGUAAUUGCCGAACUUACUGACCUACAUGGACAAUGGUUUUGCAUGUAUUCUGUGCGAGUGAGUGGUGAAAGCAGUGGUUAUAAAUAAGUUUUGAAUGUUGGCCAUCCUUUUGAGAGAUUUCUUACAAAGUGCUAUGUAAAUAAUUAAUCUUCUUAUACUCAUGACCUUAUUAAAAUAAAAGCAUAAAACACAUUUUCAGUGUUCCCAGUACAUUAUAUUUGGACCUUGUAUUUUUAAAUGCUUGAACAAUGGCAAUAAUUAUGUUUCUACAUUCACAUGUGUGUGUGUGUGUGCGCGCAACAUUGAUUCAAAUAAUUGUUUAUCUUGUAUAUGCUAGACUACCGACACAUAUGUGAAUCAUUGAUAUUAUUUAUCUACAUUGUGUAUAAUUAUUAUUGUGUUGAAAUGAUAGACAUUGUUAAUGUUGUCCAUGUUCAGUUUAUCCCAGUCUUCCUACUUACAAAACAUGAGAAUUAAGCCACACAACUUCAGAAUACGUAUUGUUCCUCUCGCAACAGUCCCUUGGCAAAUCCCCAGUAAUUGAAACAUGUUACAACAUAUCAUUUAUAUGCAUUUUAUGAAUAUUGUGGUUUGUAUAUGCCUUACACUGAAGUGAUCAGGAAAAUCCUUUUUAUUUGAAUUUUCUGAAGUUAUGUGCCUGAGUUUUCAAAUAUUACAUUUUUUUUAAAAUUAUGUAUACAAUGAUGCCCAGCCUGGAUAGCAGUGCUUGUGACUGUGCUCAAUGCUGAAAGAACGCGAAAGAAAUUGAGGAACUGUAUAUAAUUAUAUUAUUUACACAAACUCCUUAAGUUAUGAAAAUUUAAGAGAAUCGGUAAAUAAACAAUAAGCACUUUGACAAAUAUUUUAUUUUUUCAUUUCCAUUUCUCAUAUAUAAAACUGUCAGUUACCAUCUUUCUUUAUGG